AUGUCAGAAGAUGAAGAUACGACCUUGAACGCCACAAAUCCUGAGUCUGUCGAACCAUCUGGAGCCUCGCUCAGCUCAGGUAUGAGCCAGUCAGCAUCAGAACUCUCUGGCAAAUGUACCAGAAAACAGCCCAGUAAAAGUAAAAGUGACAACGGAAGUGGUGUUGCUGAUAACACUACUAAUACUGGCUGUAUUUCACGAUUUAAAACUGCAGGUGCCAUUUCAAAGGACAGCAGUGGCGGAAGUAAUAGCAGUGGUAAUAAAUCCAACAGUGCUGGCUAUAGUAGACUUCAGAAGAGUGGCCUCAACAAUACUCUGACAACAAGUACAUCCAUUUUAGGGAAGAAACAAAUUCAAAAACCAAAGCCUGUGAGAUCAACACAUGCAUCAAAACUUGGCCCCACAAGUCGAUCUUCAAGUGUGCUAAAAAUAUCAGGAUCAGGAAGUCAGGCUAGCCAUCAAGGAGCUUCUCUUUUGCCACAAGCUAAUCUAGAAUCAAAAUCAAAUAAACUAGAUGCAAAGAAGUCAUCCAGGGCUUCAUCUAUACAGGCUAGCAAUGCUAAAUUACACUCUACUGUUCUAAAUGCCACCAUGCUCUCAGAUUUAACUGCUGUAAAGAAUUAUGAGAAUGUUUUCAGCACUACACUGGUGGGAGGUUUGGCUCCUGGUGGUCGCAAGUUGGAUAUAACUGGAGUUGUCCUCCCUGAGCUUCCUGAUAUAUCUGCUAUCAGGUUGGAUAGUAACAGCAGUGGAAGUAAAACUGGCGAUGCAACCAUUCUCUCUUCUGUCAGCGAAAAUGAUUUGUCACAAAACAGUGGGAGCAGCAUUUUUCAUGAAGUUACUACAGAGGAGUUUGAGAAGGAAUACAUGAGUUACCUACAGUGGGCCUAUGUUGAUACUUACAGUGAAGAUGCCUUCAAUGUUAACUUAAAAAUGACUCAAAUUCAGCUGUUGUUCCUGGAGCAGCUAGUGAAUGAAAAACAGAGAGAAUUAAGUGAGCGAAAACAGGUGAGAGAUCUCAUCCUUCAUCACCAGAGAGUUAGCGAAGCUCACAAAAUGCAAUCUGAUCUACUCCAGACUGUAGUUGAUGGUCUACCAGCAUGUGAAGAAGCUACACAGGUAAUGAGUCAAGAAUUGGCAAAGAAUCUUCACCAGGUGAAGAUGGAUAAUCUUUACGUUCCAGAGAAUCAUAAUAAAUACAGAGAUCAACUUUUGGAGGCUCUUAAGACACAAAUCACUUUGCUGAGUGACAUUGAAUGCUUGGUAGAGCCACGAUCUUACCAGUUGAAUUCUACUAUUAAUCUACUUGGAGAAUUACAGAAUACAUCACAACACAUUCAGCAGUGUGAAAAUGAAGUGCAUCAAGCAGCCAGACUUGCAGUACAGGAGGCAUCUCUGCAAAUAGGUGCAAAACAAAUGAAUUGUUCAGCAUUCAAAUAAACUUGCAAGUGCCAUUUGAUGGAUCUCAAUGUUAUUUGCAAAAUAAAAUAGCUCUUAACUUCAGGCUACUAAAUGUAGAGAUAGUGGCUAGAAGUUUUGCAGAGUUGGGAAUACAA